CUUUUGCAACAGGAUGGCUGAGCAACGUCAGGAUUUCAAUAUGAUGGAAGACCAUUCGAUGAGCCAAGCUAAGCAGAUCCCAUCAGGCUAUCCCCUGCAGAUACCAGUUGACGAUGGAUCAGAUGAGCCCACUUCCGAGACCUCUGAUGCUAAGAGCACCCCGACGAUGGAAGAUGCCACAGCGCCCUUAGUGGAGGAGAGAGCACAUGAGGAUCGGAUUGCAGCUCGGCAGCAUGUGGAGAUACCCGAAGGAACCACAGCUGAGGAAGCAGGUGUGGGAGCUACUCCUAACCUUGAGGAUCAAGCUGCAGGAGAUGGUGCUCAAGAAGAGCUGAGCUCCCCAAGGCUAUGGGAGAGUGUGGAACCUGGAAUUCAGGAGCACGUGGCAAGUGAGACUCAGCCAGAAAAACAAGCAGGUGAGGUUCUUCCAGCGACUGUCCUCCCUUUACGUGAAAUGCAGACUGGAGAACAGGCAGCAGCAGUUCCUGCCAGAGCUGAGGCCACCAUACCAGUCCCUCCAGGCACAUAUGAAGACUUCAGAGCCUUUGAAGAAAGCCAGGAGGCUGUCUCCAGAACUGAGCUCUGGGACCGUGGUGGAAAAGAGGACGUUGGAGUGGGUAAAGCGUUGGCAGAUGAAGCAGGUCAUGAUGUGUGCAUGGAAGAAUUUGCCACAUCAGCCGUUUCCGAAUUCUCUCAGGGUGCUCCAAGUGGUGGAAUGUUCUAUCAGGAGAAACUGGCUGCUCCCUUUGAAAAGUGGCACCCGGGUAUUGAUGAUGUGGGGUCUGAGCCAGUUGACAACUCCCAUAUUCAAGACAGGCCGUAUCCUUUAUACAGCAGAGGUAAAUUGAAAGAAGAGGCCGCUGGGCAUGAAAAAGAUGAAGACCGUGACAUUGAUGAAACUAUUCCGCAGGAUUCACCUUCCUCAUUAGGACCGCAAGACUCUCCACUGCUUGAAGCAGCCGAGGAAGCUGUGGAGGUGCAUGGCUUUCCAGCAGACGGCCGACCCGAAGAUAAUCUGGCAGAAAUAUCUAGAGAGACUCCUGUUACUGAAAGGGAAGCUCAUAAAGCAGGACAGAUCCUAGAUGAGAGACGGCCGUGGUUGUCAGGGAAAGGAUAUGAUGAUGUUACCAAGAUGGAACCCUCUGAAAGUAUGUACCAAGUGGAAGUUGAAGCUAAUGUAAUUAGGGAGGGAGAAAUCUCAGGUUCUCCACUAGGUGCAACCAAGUUUCCUGAUAGGUUAAAUAAGGACGUGGCAGAUAGAAGUGUUUCCUUGCAACAGGAGAUGGGGGGAAUGGUGCAGGCCAUGGAAAAAGAAGAGGCACCCAAAAAGAAACCUGCAACUCGCAUGUCAGAGAAACAAGUCAGUCGGGUUCCUCAUUUAAAAGCUCGUAUUGACAGUAAAGACAAAGAUGGAACUGAUACUGAAGAGAAAAAGCCUAAGACAUCCACACCUUCCUCUGCCAACCCCCUGAAAGAUAGAUCCUCCAUUACCCCCCAACGACCCUCCUCUGUUAGUACAACCCCUUUGAAAAACCCCUCCAGUCCUGCUGAGUCCUCAGUACCAGCUUCCACUCCUAAACGAGUCUCUUCUAUCACAUCCCGACCUGCCAGUACAGGAACGAAAGAAACAAAGCCAAAGGGUCCGGAGAUGAAAAGCGGAAUGAAGAUGGCCGCUCCCAGGUCUGCCACACAGACUCAAAAAAGCCCGGCCAACGCUACCCGGAUCCCGGCAAAAACGCCCACGGCCCCCAAGACGCCUCCCAAUGCUGCUGGCAGGAAGGAGCAGAGAAAGCCGCCUACCACAGCAGCAAAAUCUGAGAAAGGUGAGCCCGCGAAGUCUGGAGACAGAAGUGGUUACAGCAGCCCUGGCUCACCUGGGACCCCCGGUAGCCGUUCCCGCACGCCCUCCCUGCCAACUCCCCCGAACAGGGAGCCCAAGAAGGUGGCAGUGGUUCGCACGCCACCGAAAUCCCCUGCUUCUGCCAAGAGCCGCCUGCAGACGUCUACCGCCCCCAUGCCUGAUCUGAAAAACGUCAGGUCCAAGAUUGGUUCCACUGAAAACCUGAAGCACCAGCCAGGAGGUGGAAAGGUGCAGAUAAUGAAUAAGAAGCUGGAUCUUAGCAACGUUCAGUCCAAGUGUGGCUCAAAGGAUAAUAUCAAACACAGCCCAGGAGGAGGCAGUGUGCAAAUUGUUUACAAGCCUGUAGACCUGAGCCAUGUGACAUCCAAAUGUGGUUCCUUGGGCAACAUUCAUCAUAAACCAGGUGGUGGCCAGGUGGAGGUGAAAUCGGAGAAACUGGACUUCAAAGAGAAGGUGCAGUCGAAAAUUGGGUCAUUAGAUAACAUCACCCAUAUCCCUGGAGGAGGGAAUAAAAAGAUCGAGUCUCACAAGCUGACCUUCCGCGAGAAUGCCAAAGCCAAGACUGACCACGGAGCCGAAAUCAUCUACAAGUCCCCCACCGUCUCCGGAGAUGCCUCCCCCCGUCGCCUUAGCAACGUCUCCUCCACCGGCAGUAUCAACAUGGUGGACUCCCCCCAGCUGGCCACGCUAGCUGACGAAGUGUCUGCUUCCCUGGCCAAGCAGGGCUUGUGAUUGCCUGGCCGUGGGCGGAGAGAAGAGAAGAAAAGAAAAAUCAAUCUGGCCUUCUUCCUCUGUUCCUUUUACAACUACUCCCCCCCUCCCCCUGCCCCCUAAAUGGGUAACGAUUUAACCUACUUUUACUGUCCAUUCAGCUCUGGCUCCAGGACUUCAAAAUCAGUAACAGCAUUAGGUAUAAACCCUCAUCUUCCCCAGGCGAUCUUAGCCCCGUGGAAAGGAACCCCCCCCUCCCCCUAAAAAGGGAGUUUGGUUUCUGGAGAGGUUGGUGCUGCUUAAAUUUAACUUCAAGGUACAAGCCUGUUCCCAUCUCAGUCAGACUGAUCCCCGGCCCGCCAAAGAUACCGGCACCUCCCCACCCACCUCUAACAACAUCCCCGGUUGCUUUCCAGCACCCACCCACCUGCCCACCCCCUGCUGGGGAGCAUGGGGCACUACACUCACCUUGGCAAUCUCACGUAUGCAGUGUUGUAGCAGUGUCGUUCCCAGGAUAUGAGACACCAGGAUGGGUGAGGUAAUAGCGUUUAUUGGACCAGCUUUGGUUGGUGAGAGAGACAAGCUUUCGAGCUAUACACAGCUCUUCCCUCCGGUCUGGGAAAGUACUUGGUGUCCCAGCUGAGUAACUGCGAGCACCCGAGGCAGAGCUCGAUGUAGCUGGAAAACGUCUCUCUCCCACCGCCAGAAGCUGGUCCAGUAAAGCUAUUACCUCGCCCGCUUGUGUCUCUGAUGAAAAUCUCAGACUAGUUAAUACUAUGUAGAACCCAGAGACAGUAUGGGAGGCCACCCACCUUCCCCAGGGACUUCUUGGGGAGGGAUGUGACAGAAACACCCCUUUUCUCCCCUGGAAUUUGGCCCCGAAGCUACUUGGAUUCCAGGUCACAGGCUGGGGCCCAGGAUCCGACUGUCUCUUCUCUAGUUAAAGGGCACCAGCCUUAUUCCUUAUACCCAGCAAAACUGACUUUCAAGUCCUGGGAGCCCACAGCUUCCCUACACUCGGAGCGAAUGGCACGUCCCGAAGGGGGUAGUACUAGUAGCCAUGGCAAACUCGCUGUUCCCAGAGCUGGUUCCUUUGUCUAGGCAAGGAUCUCGCCUGCUCUCUGGUUUGACUAAUGUGUGGUUUCAGGGCUCCUUCUUUUAACUCGUAUUAAUGACAACAACUGGCGACUUUUUUCUCCCAGGCUGUUUCUCUUACAAAAGGAUUUCAGCCUUCAACCCGGGCUUCUAGGGGCAAGGCCUGCUCCCACCACUGCUCUUCUCCUGAGCUGAGGCCUCUUACCCUACUUAAUUUGAUGGCCUUGGGCCUGUAUCCAGUUCACUGCCCUCUUCCUCCUAUCCCACUCCCACGCCUGCCAGCGUGUGCACUGUGUGGUCUGGAGUGCAGGCAACCCUGGAGCGCGGUCCCUCGGCAAGGCAACUAAACACUGGGUGAGUGGGUUGGGCGACCUGUUGUAAGAAACAGCAGAGUGCUGACCCAUCUGAAUGCCUAAGGACUAGUGUGAGGAGGGGGGGGGGGGAUGGCUGGAAUUUGUUUCCCUCCCUCAGCACCUGUAGCCUUUCUGUUCCUCACAUGGUAUGAGGCUAAGGCCAUGCUUGUCUGUGUCUGUCUGCCUGGUUGAUGUGGGCUUGAAUACGCUGAGGCUGGCCACACAGAUUUCUCAACUUGUGUGUCAGUUUCUGAGACACUGCCUCAGCUGUUGCAAAGUGAAAGUUCUCUUGCCCUGAUCUGAGCUGAAUGAAUAGAGGACUUCCGGGUUCUGUGCUAUCUUCCAGUAGAAAAGGGAGACGCUUGAGUUAGACACAUGUGGGACAGCUAAGAGCUGCGGGAUUUGAAUUCUCCAUCUUGUUAGCGUAACAAUGCCUAGACUGAAGGCACGUUUCUUUGGUCGGAGCAGUGGAUAGAGGGUGACAGAGCCACGGACAGAUGGAAAUAGCAUCACUAUUUCACCUAGCGAUUUUGGAAGAAAAUCUUUACGUCCAGGAGAUAAGAUGUGUCUGAAGAUAGAAAUUGGGCUUCCCUCUUCUCAAACCCAACUGCCUCCCCAUAAAUCCUGCCCCCCCCUCCCUUAUACUCCCAGGUGGCCCCUGCAUCUUUUAAGCUCCAAAAGCUGGCUCCAUGCGGUGGUAAUGAUGACACUAGGGACUAGCGAAGGGAUGCUCUUGAAGUGUAUCCCCGCUGCCCUAGUUUUGUCGGAGUGGUGCAUUUUAUGCUGGAGCUGUUGAGUUAGAUGAGUCUAGGAUUUUUUCUUUGGCAUACCCUCGUGUUGUAUAGUGGGAUUUGUCUGUAUAUGCUUGGAAAUCACCAGGGUGAUGAUUGUUCUAUAAAAAGCAUGUGUUGUAAAAUUCAGUAGGUAGGUUUUGAACUGCCCCCCUGUGCUCAGUACUGAGCUAGAAUUCAGUCAAAGCGACUCUCGCUGUUGUCUGUUUAAUCAGCAGAGGGUGAGAGCAAAUCUGGCUGAGGCCAGAGACAAAUGCAGUAGCACUGAACCGGGUCAGCAUUGACCCGGUAUGAUGGGAAAGGUGUUUCCGGAAGCUGGAGGGGUCUGGCCCCGUGAGCUGUGUGUGUGUUCUGGGAAUUUGGCCUGCAAACGAGAGAGAAGACUCGGGAAGUUCAUCGCACUGCUGAGCUGGUGAAAUUGUCCUGCUAGAUAAUUGGAGGUGGUCACUGAGCCCAACCCUUUGUCCUGUGUAGGACUGGGCCGUACGAGGUGUCCUCUGAAGCUUUUUCCGAUCUUCAUUAGAUGCCCCAGGUGAUGAGUCUGCCCCGGCUUCCUAUAGGUUAUUCCAUAGCCACCGCCCAGGAAACCCUUUCCCAAAGCCAAGUGCAGCUGUUAGCACCUGAGGGGGCUGGUAGUGGCGAUAGGAGUUCUGCAGGCCUGGUGAUCACUUUUCUCUGGAUCACAUUUGAACCCCUGGGUGCUAUAGAUCCCGGCAGCAUUUUAAUGGACGUUAAACUUUGAAAAAGAGGCAGAGCGGAUCCCCUCUUGUUCCACCCACUGAACGCCUCCUGGUGAUCUCCAGCAGGCUGGUCGGGCUAGAGGUCAGUGGAUUUUCGAAUCACGGAAGCACUUGCAGUCCCUGACAUGCCUGUACUGCCCUCCUUUGCAGAUGGGGAAAGGGAGGCAGGCUGGGAGGAGCGAUUGGCCCAAAGCGUCACUGAAUCAUUGAGCUGGGAUUAGAAUUUGGGGAGCCCGGGGGUCAAACCAGUAAAGCCUUUGAUUUCACAGGAGCAACAUUUCCUCCAUUACCCAGUGACCCGCUGGUGGGAGAACCAGAGGGCAGCUCUGUUCCUUGUUCUGAAACGCCAGCUGCUAGUUCCCACCCUGUGCAAUGUCUGCCGUGAGGCUGGGAACAAGGCUCACUUCUGUGCCAUUCACUAAUGGUCUUUGAUCACAGCCCCCAUAGCUGACUCCCCAGGGGCGUAAGGCAGAAGAAGCUUUAAUGUUUGGAAGUGGUGUGUUAGUCACAUCCUGUGGCUCCACCGUUAACACCCUGUGCAGAAGACAGGCCCGGCUUCUCUGAGGUCUGUGCUAGCUUACCCGACCACUCAUGCCCUAGUGUUGAGUGUCUCAUGCCCUCGCCUCUGACCUCAAGAGCUGCACUCAUUGCUAGACAUGGGGGGCGGGGUGGGAGGGUCUGUGAUGCCAUGUCCCUGCACCUGGCUUGGGGGCUGUGCGUCAGAGGGCCACAAUCACACCCUGGCAGGCAGGGGCUGCCUGAAUUCUAGCUCUGGAUUAAAUGGAGUACCAGGAACUCUGCCUCUUCGAUACCAGGGGGGCGUCUUCCCUUGCGAGAGGCUGAAUUAGGAAUUGGAAAAGAAAAUGCCAGGAAGUUGGGUGACUUCUUGGGGCUUUCAAGUGUCAAUUAUGGAAAAGUAGGUGAGCUGCUACUGGCCCUGCUGCCACCUUUGCACACGCUCCUUGUCUCCAGUGGCCACCGCGCCUGGCCGAGACGCUGUGUCCUUAAAGGAAAACUGCCCUUCAAAAGAGAAAGAACUGAGCGCUGCGGCGGGUUUGCACCAUUCUAACCCUUUGUUUUAGCCACUUGUUUACACCACCCUGAGUGCAACUUAAGGUUAAAACAAGACAAUAUGUCUCUUGCUGCUUUUGUUGCUAGGGCAACCUCCUCAGAACAAGCAUGAGGUCACUGGCCUUGGCGGCUGCUUGUCAGCCCUGCCCCUGCUGUGCAUGCAGUUCCCCUAGAUACUGCUGCACCUGAUCUGCCUUUCCUUCCCCCAUUGCCUGCCUCCAGGGCGGGGCUACAGGUGGGUUCGGUGAAGCUAAUUCGGAGGAUGAGAGGUCAUUAAAAAGUCAGUAUUAGGGAAAGGGGCAGAACCGCCUGAGGCGGCUGCUCCUCCAGUGGAGCUGGGGAUGCACUGGCCCAGUUCCCCCAGUGUACCCAGCAAGGUGCCUGUGUCGGGCCACUGCCAUGCUCGGGGGCAGGACUUCAAACAGCCCGGCCCUGUUCGGGUGCCUGCUAUUUUACGGGGUAGACCGGCCUCAACCAGCCCUUUGCUAAUGUGAGUAGCCCAGUGUGAACUGCGAGGUGCCAGCAACUGCCCCUUCUAGCUGUGCUGUUGCCAUCGGGCGCUCUGUUUGAGAGGCCCAGGGCUAUUGCGGUCUAGAGUGUAGUCCAGUAGCGGUGCUUGUUGCAACCGUACCUCCUGUAUGAUGAGCAGAAACUGCCCUGAGUUAGCACCUAAGAAACCUCCUCUUCCCAACCAGAGCUUAUGCUGCCCUCGGCCAGCAUCAAGCCAACCCCAGGUAACAGCAGGAUUUGGCCCAGCCUGAACGGAGCAGCCUGCUGCUCUUGUGCCAAAACAACAGCGACAGCAGGAGUCUUGGUUCUGGUGGACGAGCUAAUCUUAAGGCCGCUCAGGGGCAGGUACCUGGGUGAGUAAACUGCAUUCCAGCUGGCUGCUGGGCAAAGGCGGUCACGCCCGUUUUCCUUCUUCUAUUUACUUUCAAACUGAGCUGAAUUUCAGUGGUAGAUUUUUAAGCUGUGAAUCAGUUCAGCUGGUUUGGUGGGUGGCACAAAUUUGAGCCUGGAGGUUCUAGCCCCGGAGCCAUGGUCUGGUUUCUCUCGGGUGCCGCACUCCGGUGCUCAUUCUGAUCCGUCCUUCAGGAACCAAGAGGCGGCAGGUGAAGGUUGCCGGUAGCACUGGGUCCGCUUUGAACUUUGAAAGGGAGAUGCUCGCUGGGGCGUUGAGGGCAAGCAAGUCAGCCUGUUGGCCAGCACUUAUUUCCACAGGGGUCUCCCUGGAGAUGCAGCCCUAAUGUCAUCCUCAGCAAGCAUCCAGCUGACAAGGGUCACGUGACAGCCUGCAUUCACUGUCAAUAGUUCCACUUAACUGGACUCUAUGAUUGUAAGAACCUGUAAAGUCUGUGAUUAUCUUUGUAUCAUUGUGGGAUGAUAGGAACCCUAGGAGAUUUCUGUCCUAUGUCAAUGAGCAACUGGGAGAACCAUUUUAACCCUUUUCUGCUUCUACUAAAGACUGGGCACCUGCAGUGCUGUGAAUCUAAAACUCUCCUUAGCCACAUUUCACUGAGUACAGUGUGGCCAAAAUGACUUUGGCUUGCUGCAGUCCUCUGGCCCAGGCAGAGGUGAUGACUUUUGGCAGAGUCAGCACCCAGUUAUUUGAGAAUGUAAAUCGCUGGAGUUUCGGAAUGGGGGGUUUUAGUUUUAUGAACCCGGCCUGAAUGUCAUUUGUUGGGAGCUUACAGAAAUCUGCAGACUCAACCCCCUUCCCAGAUGUUUCAACUUGCUACUGUCAGACUCCUGCAGUCACUGCUGUGGCUAGAGCUUCUCUCCCUGCCCUUUCCAGCCCCCUACUCUGCUGUCAACUGACUUUACCCUCACGAGCUGGGUCCCAGCCUUCCUUUGCAGUACCCAGACACUCAUCUUCCAGCAAAGUAGCUAGUCCCAGUUCCCACCCUACCCCUCCAUUCCCCAAGAGCCCAAGCCUGACCUCCCAGCCCAUAGAACACGGUCAUUUUAUAGAUGUCACCUACCUGGGCCUUAAGCCAGGGCCUGAGAUUUACUGCUAAGGGAUGGUCCAUUGAUGUACUGUUCCUUUGGUCUGAAAAGGGUUAAAACUGGCACUAUAGAACCAUAUUUCUGAACUCCAAAAAAUGCUCCUUACAGGAAUUUGAAGUGGCAAAAGGACAAUUCUGGUAUUUGCAGUCCUGUGAGUCCCUUUUUAAUUUUGGGGGGAGGGGGUAGGAGGGCUUAAUCUCUGUAUGAUCAUCCUAGCUUAGCUUCCUGUUUGUGACUGUCCAUAGUGUGGUGUGUGUUUUAACAACUGGUUUACACUGAUUGUUGCUGUAAAAGUGA